AUGACGACUCGGCUUAAAGAAUUUGUGAAGAAGUACGGAAAAGUGGCGCUGGGAGUCCAUUUCUCCGUCUCAGGCGUCUCGAUUAGUGGAUUCUACAUCGCCAUCAAGAACAACGUCGAUGUGGAGUCGCUCUUGGACAAGUACCAAAUCCCUUGGUUCUCCAAGGACAAGCCUCACCCUAGCCUCGAUUUGGAUUUGGAUCUGGAUCCGGAACUAGAGGCUUCGCGUACGAGCGACAACAAGACCAAACAGCUCGCCAAAUCGGCCGGCGGAGCCCUAGCGCUGGCGGUUCUCUGCAACAAGGCGCUCUUCCCGAUCAGGGUGCCCAUCACCAUGGCGUUGACGCCUCCAAUCGCUAGAUUUCUCAGGCAGAGGAAGAUGGGAUGA